AUGACGCUGGACUUGUCUGAUCCGGCAAUCAGCACAGCAUACGAGGCGCUGCUCAGCGCGGAGGGCGCUGGAGUAGACUGGCUGAUCUUGGGCUAUGGUGGAGCUCAGAACAAGCUUGCGUUACUGGCCAAGGGCAGCGGCGGGCUCGAAGAGCUGAGAGGGAGACUGGUCGCUGGCGAGGUGUUGUACGGGUUGUUGAAGGUCGAGGGUCGGACUCUGCUGUGGAGCCAGGUCCCGCACGAGGUUGGCGGCGUCAAGCGCGCACGAGCACUUGUGCACGCACGCACAGUUGCAAACUACUUCUCGCAUUACAGCAGCCUGACUUUCGCCUCGCCCGCCGACCUCGAACCCUCAGUCGUCUCGAUCCGCCUCUUCCACCAGACUCCCUCCGCGCACGCUUCUCCAGCCAUCCAGCAGCUCCCUUCACCCCGCUCGCAGCAGCACUCGCCUGAGCCGGCGGCUGGACGGAGACCGUCUGUUCCUGAGGCAUCGUAUGCGUCUGAAUCCGCGAACGGCGACCCUCGAGCUCGCUCGGCAACGCCCACUCGCGGCCUCUUCGGCGUACCUACCCUAUCGACUCAUCCUCCGCACACCGCUGUCCCACCGCGAACCGAACACACCACGCCUGCCGCCUCUCCCUCCUCCGGCUAUCCUGCUCAUCUCGCGCAUCCAGCCAGCGCACCAGCGCAGGCAGCCCCUCACCCCCUCUCCGAAGUCGCCUCCAUCCCGACCGCGAGUUCGCCUCGAACAACACGCAAUCUCCCCCCGCCCCAAAACUCCCUCAGUGUCCCGCCCGCUUCCCCUCCUACCUUCGCCUCUUCGCCCGCCAGCAGUCCAGGACUCUUUGAAUCGGCAGCAGCAGCGAUGCUCGUCGCCUCGCCCUCCGACUCGAGCAUUGUCCUGUCGGCUCAGGAAGUUCCCACAGACGUCGCUGAGGAGGAACAGAGCAUGAGGCGUGCACCGCCGCCCUCUGCAGCUACCACUGUGCCAGAGACACAUUUGCCGGUAUCGGACAUUCAGAGUCGGACAGAGGCGUUGCAGAUGUCGGACGGCGACGCACAUGAGAAAGAGGCGGCGGUGUUGGAGGAGCCUUUACGGACGGCGGAAGAGGAGGCUGAGGAUCGUCGGCUGAUCGAGGAGGAGUUGGAGCGCCGGCGAGUGGAGGAAGAGGAGGCGCGGCGAAGAGCGGCGGAAGAAGAGGAGGAGCUUCGUGCGCAGGAGGAAGAGCGCUUGCGGCUCGAAGCUGAGGCGGAGCGGGUACGGCAGGAGGAGGAGCGUCGGCUCGCUGAGGAGGCGAGGAUUGCGGAGGAAGAACGAAGAGCGGAGGAACAGCGGCUGGCGGACGAAGCGGAGCGGUUGAGGCUGGAAGAGGAGGAGCGAACGCGGAAGGCGGAAGAGGAGAUGCGGCUGCUGAUCGAGCGACAGCGCCUUGAGAAACAGCUGCGGGAGGAAGAGGAGGCGCGACAGAGGGAACAGGCGCGGCUGCGCGAGAUCGAGGAGCGGAAGCAGCGGCUGGUGCAGGCGCGUGAUUCGGGCGGCGUCAUGCUGAGCGGGACGGUCAACGUCCAAGGUGGCGGGUCCAUGCUCUGGAAACGCCGUUUCUUCCAGGUUCGCGGGUCGGGCCUCGAGCUGUUCAAGGGCGAAGCGGAUGCGGACCAGCCUCUCGACACGGUCGCAGGCGACCACAUCGUCAAGAUUACCGACAACCCAGAAGAAGCACUCGUUCCGCACUCGUUCAAGCUCACGCUCAGGGACGACGACGAGUAUCUCUUCUAUUACAACACGGAGGAAGAGAAGAGUCGCCUGGUCGAGGCGCUGAACUGCGCCAUGCGGCGGUAG